GAGGAGGUUCUGAGCUCCGUGAUGUGUUAGCAGAGGUUCAGUCUGAUGCUCAGACAGUCUGCAGCAGCAUCAUGGAGGUUACAGCUCUCUGCAUCCGACUCUUGGUGGAUGUGUUCGUCCUGCUGGCUGCACAAGUGGACCACAGUUACUCUGCUCAGAAAGCUGAUGCAGUUUUUCUUCGUGUUGAUCCAAAGAGACUUCAGUUCUCUGAAUAUGAGUCUUUCUCUGUGACCUGUGAGGGGACUGAUGGCGUCUCUGAAUGGAGAGUGAUGAGGAAGCUGCAGAAAGCCUUGAAGGCCAAUUCUUCUUCUAACACGUGCAUCUCAUUGGAGUCUUCCUGCACAUUUGAUCCUGCAUUUAUAAAGCACAGCGGAGAAUACUGGUGUGAAGACGAAGAUGGACGAACAAGUGACACCGUCAACAUCACUGUUGCUGGUUCUGUGAUGCUGGAAAUUCCUGAGCAGCCUGUGAUGGAGGGAGAUGAUGUGACUCUUCGCUGUAUCAACAAGAAAACUGAGUCUAACCACACAGUUGAUUUCUACAAAGAUGGCGUCCAUCUCGAGACGCGGUAUGACGACAUGAUCUACAUAAUCCAGAGUGUCUCCAAGUCUAAUGAAGGACUCUACAAGUGCAACAUCUCCGGAUGUGCAGAGUCACCUGAGAUGUGGUUGGCUGUAGAGAAACAAAAAACAGUCAUUACAGAACCUCCCAAAGACACUGAACUGUCAGACAGUGAUGUCCCUGAAACCCCCAUGUUAUGGAUUGUUGGUGUUUUAUUGGUGGCUCUGCUGUUGCUGCUGAUGGGAGCACUGCUCUGCAGCAAACACAAAGUCUGUCUUUCAUCUGGAAAAUCAUCACCAGGGCAUGACGACAACAUUGUCUUGAGAGAGGACAAUGUGACCGAUCCACAUCAUGCAACAUAUGCUGUUGUCAAUAAGCAAAGGAAGAGGAAAGGAGGAGAUGAUCCGAACCACAUGACAUACUCUUUUGUUACAAUGUCAGAACCAUCAGAGUCCAGUGCAGCCACCAGUGCACUAGAGGAGGGCAUCAUCUACUCUUCAGUCAACAUAAACAGACAGGUGAUGAGAGCAGCCAAUGAGCCACGUAGAAAGGAGGACGAUGUCAUUUACUCUUCCAUUAACAGAAAGUGACAGCUGACUGAAGACGAGGAGAUGCUCAGUUUAAAGCUCUGCUUCUGGAUUUCACUUUGCAAAGGAGGAAGACAUGCUCAGGGAUGUUACAGUAACUCAGCACCUUUUCAAUUUAUGACAUAGUUUUCAGUCUGUAUAGAAUAAUAUUUAAACUUGUAAAGAAAAGUAUGCUAAUUUGCUCCUUUUAAAUUACUUGCAAAGCCCAUUUUUAACAGCCUCUCCAUAACCAAUGCUGUAUUUUCAAUCAAAAACUAACAAGUGGUGUAAAUUCUGUCCAAAUACUGUUGUACUCUUUUUUUAAAAAGUGAAUCAUCUGCUUUUAUAUACAGUAACACACAAUUUCCUCCCUGUGAGUGGAUGUUUCUCCAGCUGUUGUAGUUCAGUUGAAGGAAAACCACAAUAAUAAAGAAAAAAAAGCCAAACGCAGCCUUUA